CGUUAUGGGAAACAACCCUAACCCAGAUACAGAACUGAGUGGCUACUUUGUGUUACUUGCUUCUUUUCAAAGCUAAUUUACGCUAAGAAAAUGUCUCCAGAUUACCUCUAUUUUGCACUACCGUGAUGAAAAACCGUCUCGGGAACAUGAAUCCGCUGCCACUGUGACAGUGCUGUCAGAAGCAAAGCUUUAAUUCAAAAGGAAAAAUAAAAAUCUCACCGUCCGGCUCUGCGUGCGAUCCCCAAACUCGGGGAUUAUUGCCUUGCCUGAAACUCAUUUUAACUCUCAGCCAAAAGAAACGCCGAAAGAUAAAAAUAUCUUCUGUCCCCAGCAAGAAUGCUAAGAAACGGGGUGCCGCGGUCACGUUUUUUUUACGGAAAACACACUUUUUUGAGAAGGAAGAAACACAAGCCGAGCGGCAGAGCGCCGGGCGGCGGGGCGGGGCGGGCUCGGCAACGCACCAAUCAGCGCCCGCCGCGCUGCUAUAAAUGGGGGCGCCGCGGCGGGUGCUGCAGCCGCCGCGCUCCCGUCCGCGCAGCAUCGCUAUGUCCGAGGUCGCUCCCGCCCCCGCUGCUGAGGCAGCGCCCGCCGCCGCCGCCCCGGCCCCCGCCGCCAAGGCCACCGCCAAGAAGCCGAAAAAGGCGGCGGGCGGCUCCAAAGCCCGCAAGCCGGCCGGCCCCAGCGUAACCGAGCUGAUCACCAAGGCCGUGUCCGCCUCCAAGGAGCGCAAGGGGCUCUCGCUCGCCGCGCUCAAGAAGGCGCUGGCCGCCGGCGGCUACGACGUGGAGAAGAACAACAGCCGCAUCAAGCUGGGGCUCAAGAGCCUGGUCAGCAAGGGCACCCUGGUGCAGACCAAGGGCACCGGCGCCUCCGGUUCUUUCCGUCUCAGCAAAAAGCCCGGCGAAGUGAAGGAAAAAGCCCCCAAGAAGCGGGCAGCCGCCGCCAAACCCAAGAAGGCAGCAGCUAAGAAACCCGCCAGCGCUGCCAAGAAGCCCAAGAAAGCGGUGACAGCGAAGAAGAGCCCCAAGAAAGCGAAGAAGCCGGUGGCCGCCGCGGCCAAGAAAUCAGCCAAGAGCCCCAAGAAGGCGACCAAGGCUGCCAAGCCCAAAAAAGCGGCGGCAGCGGCGAAGAGCCCGGCCAAGGCGAAGGCGGUGAAGCCCAAGGCAGCCAAGCCCAAGGCGGCCAAGCCCAAAGCGGCCAAGGCGAAGAAGGCGGCACCCAAGAAGAAGUAAGCCCCCGUGGAAGAACCCUCUUGCUCGGCGCUUAAACCCAACGGCUCUUUUAAGAGCCACCCAAAUUCUCUUAAAAAGGGCUGGAAUAAGGGAGUUUGUGUAUAUAUAUAUAUAUAUAC